AUGCAAAGUUUGUGGUCCCGCGCCGCUUUGUCGCAGACGUCCUGCCGUUGCGUUUCGUGUUUGAGCACGACUGCGAACGGAGUCGCUUCGCGAUCGGCAGGCGCUGCCAGCAAGAAACGUCUUCGCAUAGGUAAUUCCGUGACCGCGCUGUACACGAGUAUCUUCGCCGCCGCCGCUCUCGCUGACGCGAGGGCGAAAUCUCAACGACGGAAUGAUUGGGAGGAAAAGAUCGCGGCUGUCAAGGCCGAGGUGGACGUGCUGGUGGACGAGGAGCAACGCAUGAUUGAGUCUUUACAAAGACGAAGGAAGACGCGAGGAGUCAAUCGAUUGUUGCGGACAAGAGGGUUUGGUGCUGCCUCCAAUUUUGUGCCCGCUUCGGAGCAACGAGUCACCUUCUCCCCGCCAACAAGGUCCUUCCAUACCGCACACCCUCUUUCCAAUGCUACUACCACGAAGACCAACGCUGCCGAUACCGUCAAUACAGAGGAGCACGAGGAGAUAGAAGAGAAAUGGCUGGAUGAAGAAAAUACCUACAACCUGGAAGAAGAACAUCUCGACAUGGAGCAAUCUGAGGCAUUCCCCUCUUGGAUGGACAAAGAGCCCCUUCGUGUGAAGGCCAUUCAAAAGCUUGCUUUGAAGCAAUUUGCAAUCCGCCUUCUUUUGAGACCGGCUAUCGCUCAUCGGUACUCUGGCGUCAAAAUGAAUUACGAGGCCGACCUGGAAAUCCCUAAGAUCAACGUGGACAGGCUUUUGGGCGAGCUAAACGCCAUUCGCAACCGAAUCAGUCAUUUGAGGACCAACAGAGAGGCGAAUUUCGAUGAUCUGGUCCAGGGGUUGAGCAAACGCGGUUCGUACAACAAGAAAGCCUCAAGAUUACGCGACCAGCUUGACCUUGAGCUUCAAGAUGAUAUUCAGUUGUACGAGAGAAAGCAGAUGUCCCUGCAAGAGCUGCUACUGAGGAUAUCUGGAAACAUCAUGGAAUCGGUAGAACCAGACCGCACCGACGCGUUCCGUGCCAUGAUCGGCGCCUUCGCUCGCACUCGUCAAAAUGAUCUGAACGAACUGCUCUUGCGAACGAUUAUCCCCAACUUUUUCUAUUUCAGCACAUCACUCAUCAUCACUAUCUUCGCCUUUUACCGCAAGACUAAGAAUCUUAGGGACUUUGACCAGUUCCUUCGCAUGCUGAGCGGACGAGGCUGGCCGAUCAAUAUCGGAAACCUUGGCACUUGGCGGAUCAUGACCAUGAAUGGACUGGAAUUGGUUGUCCCACCUCUGGACAGCAACAAUCCGAUUCUUUAUGUCGAGUUGAUUGUAGCUUCUUUGCGGUUUGAUCAACCGGAUCGGGCCGAUGCGUUUCUCCAAGCGGCACGUAAAGCUGGUUUCUUCGACAGUUUUGUUACCUUAGCGGCCUACCUUCGAUUCUGCAGUAUCAGGCAGGACUGGAACAAGGGACUCACCGUGCUUCGGAGAGCUAUCACAUAUCUUGUCGCCUCAACGAGCCCCGCUGAAACCCACGUCCCCCGCAUUCUCACUAGGAUGGUCCAGCUAUGCGACUCCUGCAACCGCCAAGAUGUUUCGCAAGUUUUGAUUGAUGCUGCUGUGCACAGCGGCUUCGAUCCAUCGAUUCCUUUGAACCAACACGACAUCUUCCCCAUCGUCGACAGGGCAGGUGAACGGUGGAAAAGGGCUGCUGAAACAACACCGAUUGAGAACAUAAAUCGCCCUCUAUGGCAGAAGUGCUACGACUUUGCAAUCAUAUUUGGCGAACACUUGAAAAAGCUGGAAGAAUCGGACAGCGGCAUUAGUUCUCACCAAUAUGAGCGCCUCUCUGCCCAGUAUAGCCAUCAUGCCAUGAACGCGUCACUCGCGGGCAUAUCAACGCAAACUACAACCGGGAGAGCAACAUCAAAGUCAGCUCCGAGUCCACCCCCAGAGAGCGAUCCCUCACAGGAAGAAGCACAACUACACAACACACAAGCGGAAGAGCUCAGCGCAAUGAAGAUCGAAAUGGCCCAGCUCAGACAGCUUGUUUUCCAACUCCGUGAACAUCACAUCGAAUCAUCUUUCAAGGAUGAAAGAUUGUAUGACGAGGUCUCCCUGGACAAGCCAAGCGUGCGGAGGUGGAAGGCUUACGAAUAUUCACCCAUUGAUUACGACGACCCCCACAUGAGCAUCAAGUUUGAGCGGAAAUCUACUCCGGUUGAGGAAACAGAUGAGCCUCCUAUUCAGCCACUUUCGAACCCACGAGUGCAAGACCAACAUACAGUGUCUGUAUCGAAUUCAAAACAAACUGCGGCUGGGAACUCAGGGCCCCGAUCUGCUCAUGGCCCGCUGACUGCCACUUCUGGCACAGGAUAG